AGGCCGUUGCUACAAGCUUGGUGGCUUUGAGCUGAGACUGCUGAGCGAUUUUUUUCCAGCAUUUUUGCAAGGUGGAGAGUUCACCAUGAAGAGAUACUUCUGCCCACGAAGGAUCUCACCGAAUAUCUACUCCUUUCGAAAAAUUCUCAACCUGUUUAUCCUACUGAACAUCAUAACAGUGGUAUCGAUCAUCUACUACUUGAUUAGCACGCAAACCUUCGCUCGAUAUACAGGCCGUCAUCCAUUUAAUCCAAUCAUGAAAUGCAGAAACCUCACCAACCUACAAAUGGAUCAACUUCUUAGCCUGUCUUACAAAGUUCAUCAGGUUUUGGACGAGCUGAGAGUAGAGCAUUGGCUCAUGUACGGCUCACUCCUGGGAGCCCUUCGUGGCCACGCUCCUCUUGCCUGGGACGACGACGUCGACAUCGGUUUGGACGGAGAUGGCACAUUAAAGACGCUCAGCAAAACUGCAUUCAUUGAAAAACUUAAAUCUGUUAGCGCCAAACAAAUAGAUGAUUUUAGGCCCCGAGAUGGCCUAAUUAAGAUUCACGAUGGAAACUCUGAGUUUUCCGUCGAUCUGGUGGUUUUUAACAGAUCAGGAAAAUGGAUGAAGAGACUUGGCUGGGCAACAUGGCUGUUAUAUUUUCAGUACAAUAAUUUUCACACAUUUCCAGCUAAGCUUAUUGAACAACCACUACCUAAGAUUCAAUUUGGCUUUUUUAGCAUUUCAGCGCCCAGGGGUGGAAAAGAGAUUUUGAAGUACAUCUAUCCUACUGACUGGUGGAAAGUUGUAAAGCCUCCGGGGUGUUAAUAAAUGAGAUGUCGGCUUA